AUGCUUGUAGAGAAGAGUAUUGGCUCCUCCGACUACGACCUCAUGCCAUUUGAGACUCCCCUUCUCCGCGUCAGCAGACCCGUCGCUGCAUGCUCGCGGUGUCGAGCGGCCAAAGUAAGAUGCGAUGGCAAGCUUCCUGCGUGCACCGCGUGCGAGAGAUCGAAUCGAGCAUCCGAGUGCUCGAGCACGAACGACCAAUUCGCAAGAGGGAAAGAGAGGAGUUAUGUCGCUACGCUCGAGUCCCGGGUCGAGGCGCUUGAGCGUAGGACACUGGAUGCUCAAGCCAGAAGAAGAUCCUCAGUUCCGAUGCUAGACGAUGGCAUGACACCACCGCGUCGACCAUCACUCGCGGUCAAUGGCUCAAGACAGUCGAGCACGCGAGCGACCAGGAAGAAAGAAGCCUCGGAUAUGGACAGCCUUGUCUCUGACUUCGGAUUGCUAUCAGUCAAUGCCACAGCGAGAGACUUCUAUGGCUUUACGUCCGCCAUGUCGUACGCUCGCUUGAUACUAUGUGCUUGCACGAAGGACUCGCUUCCGGAAGGCUUGAAUAGAGCUCUUCCACCCAGAUACUCGGCUUCACCACUAAUCCAGCAUUACCUCAACCACAUCUUCCUCAUCCUUCCCUUGUGCGAUGAGGCAAGCCUGUAUGCCUCAGUUGAUGCGGUCUACAACCCCGAUCCCCGCAAGGCCACCGCGUUCGACCACUGGACCGUACGUAUGAUUCUGGCUAUCGCCUCUGUAUCUGUGUCAAAUCAGCGUGGCGACAGCUCUUACUCGGAUGGCAUAGGCCACGUGAGUGUCGCCCUGCAGCAUGCCGAGGAUGUCUUGCACCCGGGAUCUAUACCGAGUAUCCAGGCUGUGCUCCUCUUAGUGGAAUAUGCGAUGUUCGAUCCUCAUCAUUUCGACAGCUGGACCCUUAUCGGGGUUGCCUCACGAGCCAUGGUUGAUCUUGGUAUACAUCAAGAUCCAUCCAAGGCUUCGACGAUGUCCAAAGCCAAGCUUGAACUCCGGCGCAGAGUAUACUACUGUGUCUACGCUCUUGACAGAUCUACAGCGAUUGUACAAACCAGAGCGUUUUCGUUUUCUGAUGAUUCAGCCAAUGUCGCUCUCCCCUUUUCAUCCACCGCCUUGCAACCCUCUAAAACCCCUCCGAAAGCCAACACGUGGCUUCAGUCUUAUGAGCCUGCUCUCGAUUACUUUCGUUUGCGACAACUGCAGUCCAAGUGGUACACUGAGCUUUUCCAAUCUGGACGAACGCCUUGGAAAGAUCCGUACUCACGCAUUUGGCGAAUUUACCAGGAGAUGACUGACUGGUCCAACAAGCUGUCGCCAGUUAUCCUCCCAGAAAAGCGGACCUUCUUUGAACUUGACCUGCUGUACAGCUACGUGUACGUUCUCUCGCCGAAUCCUCGCUGCCCGAGGAUCAGCGAGUACGCGCAGCGUUUGAUGUUUGAGCACUGUACCGCUUAUGCCACGACCUUGCUCAAUACAAUCUCUGACACGAGCGGCAAAUGGAAACCAUCCUUUACGUACUACGACGCUAUGCGAGCGUAUAUGACUGGCCGGCAAUUUGUCGACAUCCUUUCACGCAACCAGGAGGUUUUAUUGAGUGCUUCGCCGCCUCGCCCAUCAUCUAGCAUAACUGCGACAGACGACAUAGAAGUGGACCCAUUGGAACCGAGCAGUCCUGCCGCUCCACCUCCACUUCCGCAGGCCGAUCCUGACUCCAUCUUCAGCGCCGAUCCGACUACUAGAGCCAUCAAUGCCAUCAACGACUUCAUAUCCAUCCUCUCCCGCUUUGGUAUCCGCUUUGGCUACAUGAAUUGGCUCAAGCGUUUCCAGCGUGAAUCCGCAGGGCUUCUUAAUCAGCUCCACGCACGCAGUCAGCAGAACGAGAUGGAUCUCGGCUACUGCCUCUGGAAUGGCUCGCCCGAGCUCCAGCAACCAAACUAUCCCUUGCAAGAUCUGCAACCUACUGUCACACAAGCAGCUUACCAAAGCCCAAGCCAAGCUCGGAGGAUUUACACCGAUGACCCUGCUUUUUCGCAGCCCACUACCGACGCCUCCAUGGCUCCACUAUGGGCAGGUAUGGCAACGCACGCGUUGUCCACCUACGAAUACACCACGGCGGAUUCGAUGCCUAUGCUGGCAACGGUAUCUCUCGCGCCUGCUGUGGGAGACCACGACUCUGCUCUAGCUUGGGCGUGGGAGACUUUGCCGGGUGGAAGUCUGAACGCGAGGUUUACCUAA